UUUCUAAGAUCGGCCCCUCUGCAACCUCACGCUCACAUGGAAGGCGGUUCCUCUGCCCAGGAAUAAGAGGAGAUACUCGGCUUAAAAAACUCACUUUUACAGUGUUUAAAGAUCCUCCUGUAAGCUGCCACCUUCUGAGACACGAAAGGUGGGAUGACAUCUCACAUUCCUCACUCCAACGGCAUGCAGAGCCUGCAGAAGGAGCACCUGUACAAGGUGCUGGUCAUCGGAGACCUCGGAGUCGGGAAAACCUCCAUCAUCAGACGCUACGUUCAUCAGACCUUCUCCAGUAACUACAGGGCAACGAUCGGAGUGGAUUUCGCUUUAAAGGUCUUGAACUGGGACUCGGAAACUGUGCGGCUGCAGCUGUGGGACAUUGCAGGUCAAGAACGAUUUGGGAACAUGACGCGGGUGUACUACCGCGAAGCCAUGGGGGCCUUCAUCGUAUUCGACGUUACACGGCCAACCACCUUCGAAGCUGUUAUUAAGUGGAAGGAGGACCUGGAUUCAAAAGUUAUGUUUGCUAAUGGACAGAGGAUUGCUACAGUGCUGCUGGCUAACAAGUGUGACCAGGGCAGGGAACUAAGCAAUAAUGGUGUCAAAAUGGAUCAGUUCUGCAAAGAUCACGGCUUUGUUGGCUGGUUUGAGACCUCAGCAAAGGACAACCUCAAAAUCAGUGAGGCUGCAAACUUCCUGGUCAAGCACAUCAUGGCGACAGAAAAAGACAUUGUGAGGUCGGUGGUGCCAGACACCAUCUCCCCUCACAUGGACUCCAACAGGCAGAUGAGUUGCUCUGGUUGCUUCAAAUAGUGAAAGGAAGGAAGCAAUGAUGAAUGGACAUGUGAGAGCGGAGGCGUAACGGGACUAAGAAGAUUGGGCAAUCUGCCAAAGGAAAUUCUAUGUAGUUUUCAGAAUGGAACAGUAAGAGGUCUUUGGUCUAUGCAGUCAAACAUUUAUUUGGUACUUGUGUUGUGAUGAUCAAAGCUAACAUGGACACUAAAGCUAACCCCUCCCGAAUUGUGGUCUUUAAGUGUUUCUGGUAACACAACUAUCUAUCUGUCUGCAAAACACAAUAGAAAGCAAAUGCAAGAGUAACAUAUUCUGACAUAUUUCCUUUAACUAUUAUCCUCUUCCUUCUCACAGCUGUUUACUUUGAACUGAAACGACAACUUUCUUACAUUUCUAAAGAAAGUAGGGCUGCUAGGGCUAACUAGCGAUUAUUGAGAAAAUCAUUUAAUCUGUUGAUUAUUAUUUCGAUUAAUCUAUUAAUAAUCAGAUAGCAAAGGUUCCUUAAAAAACAUUUUUACAAAAUUAAUCCAAGUGAAACUUCAACUUUUCCACUUGAAGAGUUCUUCAUAGAGCAUAUUGACAGAUGAAAAAUACUUUUAUCAUCUUAAAUGUAAUAUGUUCAUACCGGUAUAUUUUUUUUUUUAUAAUUUUAUUAUGAUUCCUGCUCUAGAUGGGUUGCUCUGUCAGCUAAAAGCAGGUUUGAGUCUCUAAACUUCAGUUAGAUUAAUCUGAUUGUUUCAGCCCUAAAGAGAACAAAUAAAACUUCUCAAUUUCGUCUAAGCCAUGAUGUGCAGUAAAGUGAAAGCUCAUAUAGGGCCUGAUCGUGCAAGCAAAGGUGAUCUACUAACCAGGUGCAUAACUUAAUUUGUAAGUGUGAAUGCAUAACUGACUGAAUUUUGAGUGCAUUGAAGAGGCAGUUUGUUAGUACAGAACUUAGUAAUGUACAGAAUACAUUUUCCUUCUUAAAUACGCAGAGCAUAUGCUGAUCUCCAGAACAUACAAACAACUUGCAUCUGUAUUUAGCACAUACGAAAGUUAGGGUCCAAUUUCCACAGAAACAAAUCUACAGUCUUUGUGGUGAGAAGAAUGCAUAUGGGCCAUAACAGACAGGAGAGAGAACAUUCAAUUAAUGUGUUGUAAUAUAUUUGGAACUUCAAAAAUUAAAAAAGGACUGACAUAUCUAUCCAACAAUGCUAUUUUUGAGCAGCAAAAUACAAGUAUAUCACACUGUUACUCCAAAUUACAAUACCAUUAUAUCAGAAUCACUCUGGAGCUUUAUAAAACCUAGAAAAGGUGGUGCAGAUUUGAAUUGAUUGCUGCAUGUUACAUUUGAAAUGCAGGGAAAAACAAAAAAAAACUCUGAGAUUAGGGCAGCAGGACUGCAAACAAUUUUAUGAAAUUAACCAAAAAAGCAAUAUAAAUAAAUCUACAGAUUUAAAUUCUAUAUUUCGUUUACAGACACUCUGCUCUCCCAAACUCUCCCCUCCCCGUUUUGCACACAUAAAAUCUUCAUUUAAAACAGGGUGGUUUACUAUACCUACCAUUCACUGUGCACAGCACCUUAGUAGAUCACACACACAAUAACCCUUAUAAAAGCAUGUGAAACUUUUUUGUUUCCCAAGCUAAGGUUAUUAGUAGAUCAAGGCCUUAUACGUAAUGAUGAUUUCGCAUUUUCUUUGUUAAGCAAACUUAUGACUUCUUUGUUUAAAAGCUUUUAGAAAAAAGUACCAUCAGUGAUGGAUGAAGUACUCAAAAGUAGUAUUUGAGUGAAAAUAUAAAUACUUAUAUUCAAAUCUUGUUCAACUACAAGUAAAAGUUACUGAGUCAAACAUCUACUCAAGUUAAAGUAUUGAAGUAUUCCCUUUUGAAAAUACUUAAGUAUUUAAAACUAUAUGGAUUUAAAAGUACUUAAAUAUUCAAAAAUACAAUUUGAAUCUUUUAAUAUCAGUACAUUUAUGUGUAAGUUUCAUUUUCAGAGCAACUUUAAAACAAUUUUGUAGCUUUCAGAAACCACCUGAUGUAUAGAUACAUAGAGCCAGUCUGCUACAAAUUCUACACCUCCUGUAAAGAACUUGAAAAAAUUAAGGGCAGCUAUUUUGAUUUGUAUUUCUUAUUUAAAAACAAAGCAAAAAAACAAAACAGGAUUGUCUUGAUUCUCCUCAAAAUUACACAAUGCAAUAAAUGUUUAAGCUUGAAUCUAUUACCACAAAGAAAUCGCAACUCAUCCUACUGAACAACUUGGCCACAUGGCAACAACUAACACCCUAAUUAAAAAUAUAAGCUAAAAAUAAUAUCUUCCCUGAGUUUCUCACAUUUGUGCAAAUGUCUAAAACAGUGGUUACUAAAAUUCAGUCCUAAGGGCUGCUAUCUUGCAACAAGUAACCAGCAGCUUCCUUGGAAUGUAGUGGAGUACAGUAGAAA